UAAACUUGGACGUAUACUAUUUACAAACGACGCACAAUCAACUUUUGACGGGAAUUUGGGGUUCAAAAUGGGGGAAAAACUUCCUCUUCAGCUUCAUAAAACCUUGGACUGUAAGCAAGGUGCUGUUAGGUCAGUCUCCUUCAAUGGAGACGGGAAUUACUGCCUCAGUUGUGGCAGUGACAAAUCGCUGAAAUUGUGGAACCCUCAUCGUAACCUCCUCUUGAAAACCUACACUGCACACGGCUAUGAUGUGCUUGAUGCUAGAGCUUCUCUUGAUAACUCACAACUAGUGUCUUGCGGUGCCGACAAGGCAGUAAUUUUGUGGGAUGUGGCCUCAGGGCAGACGAUGAGAAGGUUUAGAGGGCAUGCGGGAAAGGUGGACUGUGUGUGCUUUAACGAGGAAUCAUCUUUAGUUUUGUCUGGUUCUAUUGAUGCCACUGUCCGAAUUUGGGAUUGUCGGUCUAGGAAAUUGGACCCUAUCCAAAUACUGGACGAAGCCAAAGAUGCUGUGUCAUCUAUCACCGUGUCUGACUAUGAGAUUCUCACUGCAUCUGUUGAUGGGUACGUCAGGAGAUACGACCUGCGAAAUGGUCGAAUGCAUGCAGAUUGCAUUGGACAUCCAGCCACUUGUGUCAACUUCACCAAGGAUGGCCAGUGUACCCUGGUGUCUUCCCUUGACAAUAGGAUCCGACUGCUGGACAAAGACACGGGGGAGCUUCUUGGUGAAUAUGCUGGUCAUCGCAACAGUCAGUACAGAGUGGCCAGCUGUAUGAACAAUGAUGACAGCCAUGUGGUCAGUGGCUCCGAGGAUGGAAAGAUAUACUUCUGGGACUUGGUAGAGGGGUCCAUGGUAACUACUAUUGAGCAGGCAGGCAAAGAGACAGUACAUUCCUUAUCUUUCCACCCGAAAGAGGUUUGUUUGUUAUCUGCCUCUGAAGGCACAGUUAAAUUAUGGAGAAGUCAUACCUACAAGGAAGAUGGAUGAAGUAGAAUGCAUGAAGUAGUAAAAGCAAGUAGAACUCAUCCACUAAGGGGAGGAAGGGAGAGGUCAAGAUGAUCUUUGAUGGCCAGCUAAAGGUUCUGACCCUAGAAGAGUAUUGGUUCAAGAAUAAGAACCUGUGCAGUGAAAGUACAUAGCCACACAGGUCAGCAAUUUUGAAAGGAAAAGAAGGGAAAGGCCAGAACACAUGCAUUGAAAGGUUACAGCAACUGAUUGUUCUGCAGAAGUUUGAGAAUAGAUUGUGUGAAGUCAGUUAACAUCACUUCUUAAUGCUUGUGUUUUUGAUGAACCUUCAUUGCAACAAGCACUGGACUGUUACGACAUACCCAGUUUACAAGGAGCCAAUAAACCACUUUGAAUUAAUCCAUUUUAAAACUUGGUAAUAUUUUGACCUUACAUUUAUUUAUGACUUUAAAAUAAAAUUUAAAUCUUAAAUUUUUGUUUCACAUAAUGUACUAUAUUUUAUGAAAUGACAAACAUUGAUUUCACUAUUUGUAAACUUUUCCCGUCUGACAUUACAUUUUGUUUUAAAAAUGUACUGUCAUUUAAGUUGCACUGUACAUAUUGGAAAAUAAAAAUGGUUAUAAGAUUAACUCAGUACAAAAUCUGUAUAGAAGAAGUCCUCGCUUUGUCCAACAUGAGUGGAAUUACACUGAUUUUAAUAAUGAUGUAAUAUUACAUUACAAUUCCCAAAGAGAGAAUGCAAUAUCCAAGCUCAUAACAUGCUUCCGUCUGUGGUAUCCAACAUUUGUGUUCCACAGAUCCAGUAGGUGAAUUGAAACGUACAGUAAAAAAAA